GUUGCCGUGGUGACCCGUGCCGCUCGGCCGCGGACCAUCUGUGAGUCAGUCGGGCUGGGCGCCCGCGGAGGGGAGGAGAAAAAGAAGGGGCGCGGCUACUCGAUUGCAAAGUCUAAGGAAAGGUCGAUGGACAGGCGUUCUCAAGAGACCCAGAAGCCUCCAGACACCAAGCCUGCACAGAGCUUCCAAGGGAAGAAGGGGGCAGCCAAGCGACAGCGGCCUUCUUCGUCUGAAGUCGGAGAGAACCCUGAGGUAAAGGUAAAGGCGAGCAAGGAGAGAGCUGCCGUCCCACAGAUCAUCAUCACGAGAGCCUCCACAGAGACUCUAACCAGCUACAGUUCCAUCGGAAGCGAAGAGCAGAGAACCAUUAAGGAACAGGUUGAAUGGGGCCCCUACUACCGACAUAGAAACCCCAGUACAGUAGACGCCUAUGAUUUCCAAGAAUAAACAAGCACCCUGAGU